CCUCUACGCAACGCCACCCUGCACAGGAGACGGCUUCCACGAAACCCGCCUUCUUCUCCUGGCGCAGCAGAGCAGAAACGCGCACUGGGGGUGCUGGUGGGUGGGGGCCAUCUAUAAAGGCCGCGCGCGCGCGCUGAUGAGUAGUGGAGCCAUCACGGCAUCACCCAUCAGCCCAUCACCACCUCAACCGACAGCUCGUCACUCUCCUACUCCCGUCCCACCUCCCAUCAUCCGCGAGCCCCGCCAGGCCCCAGCUGCAGCAGCGGCUAUGGCGUCGUCUCCGCCCGACGUGGACCUGGGCAAGCUGAGCUACGAGAUCUUCUCCCUACUCGAGAGCAAGUUCCUCUUCGGCGGCGGCUCCGUGCCGGGCACGCCAGCGCGGGCGGCGGCUCCGGGCCCCGGGGAGGACCGCGGCAGGGUGCGGGUGCUGGCGAUCGACGGGUGCGGGCCGGGCCCCGGCGACGCGCUGCUGGCGGCGGCCGCGCUCGCGAGGCUGGAGGCGGCGCUGCGGGCGCGCGCGGGGGACCCCGGCGCGCGCGUGGCCGACUUCUUCGACGCGGCGGCGGGGGCCGGCGCCGGCGGCGUGCUGGCCGCGAUGCUGUUCGUGCGGGGCGACGACGGGCGGGCGCGGUACACGGCGGCGGACGCGCUGGCGUUCGUGGCGGCCAGCCUCGGGAGAGGCGGCGGGUGGGGCAGCGGCGGCGGCGGGGGCGUACGGGGCAAGUGGGCCGCGCUGUUCCGGCGCGGGGGGAGGCGGGGUGCGCCCUCGCCGCCGCUGCGGCGGGUGUUCGGGGACGCCACGCUCAGGGACACCGUGGCGCCGCUGCUGGUGCCCUGCUACGACCUGGCCACGGCCGCGCCCUUCCUCUUCUCCCGCGCCGACGCCGUCGGGAGCGGCAGCCUCGACUUCCGCCUCCGCGACGUGUGCGCCGCCACCUGCGCCGCCGCCGGGGGCGCCGCGCCCGCCGUGCGGUCCGUGGACGGCCGCACGGCCAUCGCCGCCGCGUCCGGCGGCGUCGCCGCCAUGGGCAACCCCGCCGCGGCCGCCAUCACGCACGUGCUCCACAACAAGCGGGAGUUCCCGCUCGCCGCCGGCGUCGACGACCUCCUCGUCGUGUCCAUCGGCUCGGGAUCGUCCUUCGCCUCCGCCGCCGCCGCUUCUGCUCCUUCCACCGGCUGGCGGACGCCCGUCCCGCCGCGCUCGCCGUCGCCCGCCGAGAUGGUCCGCCUCACCUCCGAGGGUGUCGCCGACAUGGUCGACCAAGCAGUGGCCAUGGCGUUCGGGCACACGUGCGGGCGCAACUACGUUCGCAUCCAGGCGUCGUGCGUCGGGACGGCGCUGAGGUCGCUGGACGCGAAGAAGGCGGUGGCCUUGGCGGACGGCAUGCUGGCGCAGCGGAACGUGGAGGCGGAGCUGUUCCGGGGGCGGCGGCUGUCGGCCAAGUCGAACCGGGAGAAGCUGGACGCGUUCGCGGCGGAGCUGGUGAAGGAGCAGGAGCGGCGGGACCGCCACCGUGCCGUUCCCGGCAUCGCAGGGCUCGUACCAGCCCUAGCCCCAGCCAUUGGCGAUCGAGUGGAUCCGAGGACGAGCUGGUCAAAGUAAGUUAUACUAUACGAUGCGGUAUGUCCGCCGUGGCUCGAGAAGAAGGGCGGUAGCGUGGAGAGCAAUGAUUAGAGGUUACUUUUGCAUGGAAAAAGUGGAUUUGGAUGCUAAUGGCGAGGUUAGAUAGGAUGUUAAUGCCUUUUUAAUGGAGUACGUGCACUUGGAUUCGUAUGUGCGAGAUGCAAAGCUCCCGUUUACUGCUCUGCCAUGCCAUCUUCCCUUUCUGCCAACAGUACUCUGCGCUCCUCAUGGCCGGCCGUACAUGUCAUCCUUCCUUUCUGUUUACUUCGCCUGCGCGCGGCUUGCUUUCGAUGCAGGGCAGGGAAAGAGAGACUUGAAGGCUGUGUAAAGCGCAUGGCAGUACCUGGCUGGAGCUUCCGUGUCUCUGUUUGUGUUGCAUACAGAACUCUACAAGUGCAAGCCAGGCUCCUUCGUGGUUGUGUUGUGUGCAAGGGCAAGGGCAAACAACGCACUCAGAUAUCUACCCUAACAAUCUGUUUGGAAAUUUGUAAACUAAUUGCUUGUAGCAACUAA